UUCGGAGGCCUCUCCUACUUUCUGCACUUCUCUUUUCAGCAGAGGCGCGCUGCGCCUUUACGCACGACUAGUGGCACUAGCGGAGUGUACAGAGCCAUGCAGGUCGUCAGUGUAUGAGGGUUUCCCACUUAAAGCUGCCACAGCUGCUAGAACAUGAUCCUGCUGCCUGGUCUGUUGUUUAUUCUCUGGGGAGAACCGGGUCGGUGUCGGGGGGAGGAUGGAGGCUUCACUUUUGAUGGAGAUAUCCGUCACUUCGCCGUGGCCACCAACUCGGUUUACAUCGCUACAGAGGAGAGGCUGUACCAGCUGAGCCACAACCUGACUCUGGUCCAGAGUCGGACCCAGAGAGGAUUCAUGAAGGACGGUGCCAUCCCGCCGGUUGAGGAGCAUUUCUACCGUGUUUCUGAGGUGGCGUUGUGGAACGCAACUUUCAGCGUCAACGUGUUAUUGCCAUUUGUUGAGAACGGCACUCUGAUCAGCUGCGGGGUGACCGACGAUAACUGUGGUUACUGUGAGGUUCUGGACCUGAUGAACAUCUCUAAGCUUGUGCACAGGGAGAGCAUCCAUGUGGGACCACUGAGGCGCAGCAGCGCGUCCGUCUCAGUCUUGGUGACAGUGGAGAAGAGUCCAACCCAGAGACACUUUUACAUUCUGACCGCGAUACAGAAAAACCAUCAAGAACAUUCUGGUCCGAGCCGCUGCCGCUCUAGUACCCAAACUCUCAACCUUCAGAAUACGGAUGAGAAGCAGUCCGGAGGUAUAUUUUCUUUUAAUGAUGACCAUUCCCGAUCUUCUUUCGAAAGUAAAGGCGAUGUGGAGUUUGUGGACGGAUUUCAGAUCAGUUCAACCCUGUAUCUGCUCUCCAACGUGCCCUCCGGCUCCAAAAGUAACAAAGUCCGUCUAAUUUGGUUUGAGGGCAAAACCAACAAGAUCGAGACUGUCAAGUCGCUGCGGGGCGCGACUCUCAGUGUCUCUGAAGGUGGUGGUGACGGUAACAGACUCCUGGCCUCCUCGCUGAUCCCGGGCGGUCCGCCGGUGCUCUGGAGCGGAGUGUUCAGUGUGGAUGAAGGACAGCUGAACACCAAGCUGGUAGUGUUUGACAUCAGCCCUGAUCUCAGCGGAGAGGCCGAUGCAGAUCCAGACUUCUGUAGUGAUUGUAACACCAAGCAAACAGUUAAAAAGACACUGAAGCCGGAGGCAGUGCUCUUCAGACAGAACAACAUGACCUCUGUGCUGGCAGUGAGGCAGAAGGCCUGGAUGGUUUUCUUCAUCGGGACGGGAGAUGGGCAGCUCAUCAAGCUUGCUGUGGAUAAGAACUAUCACACCGUCUGUCCCACGGUGCUCUACAGGGCCAAUGAUGACCGCAGAGUGUUUCCCAAAAUACAACUGGAUCAAGUCGAUCGUAAACAUGUGUACGUGCCAUUUCAGAACAAGAUGGAGCGUGUCCCCGUGUCAACGUGCAGCACAUACAAAAAUGUGCAGGAGUGCUGGUCUGCACAGGAUCCAUACUGUGUCUGGUGUGACUCUAAGAGUUGCACAUUUGAAGAUGACUGCAAAGAUUCAGACUGGGUGUCCAUUCCUGAUGAUUACCAGCAGAAAAUGGUUUCCCACAAUGUUGCAAAGGACUCCACUGGCCAGAUCACACUUAACAUCCUGACACACCUGACUGCGGGCGAGAAGGCACGGUCCAACUUCGCCUGUCAGUUCCUUGUGCGUUCCAGAGAGCUUUGUAGGAAGAAUAACUUUCCUCCACAGUUCCCACAAUGCAUCUGCAUCCUCUCUGAGAACAUACUUCCUGCUGAAGGCCUGGCAGUCAGUGUAAGAAUUAGACUUGGCUCGUUGACCUUAUUGGAACCACUGACACUAACCAACUGCUCUGACAUCAGAGGACCGCCAACUUCUGUCUUGUGUCAGCAGUGUAUCAGGGCUGGAUGUGGCUGGAGCAAAAACCACUGUUCCUGGGCAAAUCAGGGAGUGAGGAAUGAGAGUCUUUGCCAAAUGAUGGGGUCAGGAAUGAACUUUUCUAGGCCAGAGAUCUCCUCCAUCACUCCCAGUGUCGUGUCUUUCUACGGCAGAAACCAUGCAGUGUUGAGCGGUCAUAACCUCAGUGAUGUGACCAGAGUGAGGAUCCAGACUGAAGACUGCUCUCCACGAGAAUCUCCUGUAUGGAACAACACAGGUGUGAGUCUGACGUUCCACAUUCCCAGCACAGAAUCAAAAGGCGUGGUCAAAGUAUGUGUUCUCCUCCCAGACGGUAGUUGCCAUGGCAAUACUAAAAUCACCUACCAGUCAUCACCAUCCUGCACUAACAUUGUACCAAGUAGCACUUGGGUCAGUGGAAAGAGGAAGAUCACACUCACUGGCUCUCGCCUGGACUUUGUGGAAGGGGUCACACACAGCCACGCCCCACAGGAGGUCAAACUUCCUGGAAACAGCAGCUAUCACAAUCUCACCUAUGACACACCUGCGGCAGGAAACAAUCAGGGGACUUUUAACAGCACUUUGUCUCUGAAAGUAGCCAACGAUACCGUGCCCUGCUCCACAAGCAUCACCUACUAUCCAAACCCUGAGUUUACCAGCUUCACAUCCACAAAGAGAGGGGACGAUGUCCGCAUCAUCAUAGAGAAAAAGGCAGACAAACUGGACAUGACAAGCGCUGAGCUGUCAGUGUUUGGCAUUCAUGAUGGAAAAGAACACCCCUGCAUCAUGUGGCUCAAAGAAACCAAAAAUAAGUCUGACCUUUUCACCUGUGACAUAAAGAGCACGACCGUCACUAAAUUUCAGCAGUUAAAGAUAGAGUAUGGAGAUAGGACAAUAACACUGAACCUUAACUCUUCAUCACUGUUCAUUUUGACGAUGCUUGUCCUUCUGCUGAUACCCUGCAUUAUCGUCACGGUGGUUCUUGUUUAUCGACGCCAACAGAAGAAGCUCACUGCUAGGAUGAACAGACGUUUGGAGGUCCUGGAGCUCGACAUCAGGAAUGACAUCAGACAAGGUUUUGUGGAUCUGCAGACAGAGAAAGCUGAGCUGAUGGAAAACGUUGGAGCAAUUCCUUUCCUGGACUACAAGCACUUUGCCUCCAGAAUCUUUUUUCCUGAGAGUGAAAGUUUGAUGACGUCGUGUAUCAGAGACAUUGGACAGGACGCAGUGAAGGUUCAGCUUGAUGAGUGUUGCCAGGGCUUGUCCAGGCUGAUCCAGGAUCAGCUCUUCCUCACGUCUAUGGUUCACGCUCUGGAGGAGCAGAAGAACUUCACCAUCAAAGACAAGUGUGCAUUGGCAUCUCUACUAACAGUAGCACUCCACGGCAACCUGUUCUACCUGACAGAGGUGAUGGAGGUUCUGCUGAAGGAUCUGAUGCAGCAAAAAAGCAACGCUCAGCCCAAACUGUUUCUACGACGCACUGAGUCCACAGUGGAGAAACUGUUGACCAACUGGAUGUCCAUAUGCCUUUAUGGCUUCCUCCGGGAAAGUGUUGGCCAGCACCUGUUCCUGAUGGUGAGCGCUCUCACGCAGCAGAUCGCCAAAGGACCUGUGGACUGUGUGACAGAAAAAGCUCUGUACACACUCAGUGAGGACUGGCUGCUGUGGCAGGCUCCGGACUUCAGCUGCCUGAAGCUGAAGGUGCUGUUUGCUGUGGGCAGUGACGGGGAGGUCAGUGAGCCCCUGGAGGUCAACGCCCUCAGCUGUGACACGGUGGAGCAGGUCAAAGAGAAAAUCCUGUCCACCUUCAAGGCCAAGUUUGGUUUCCCCUACAACAUCGCCCUCAGGGACGUUUGUAUCGAGCAUGAGAAGAUCGGAUCCUUUGUUCCUCUUGAGGAAGUGGACAGAAGCUCGGAAGUUGUCGGGGAGGUGACGAUGCUCAACACACUCAAUCACUACAAGGUUGCUGAUGGAGAGACGAUCAAAGUGCUUUCUAAGAAAACUCGUCCUCCUCUGAGCCCACAGGGAAGUCUGAAGGAUGAUGAGAACUUCUCUGGAAAAUACUUCCACUUGAUUGAUCCUGAUGUAGACGAGGACCAGAGAAAGAACCCAGAGAGGAAGAAGUUAAAACUGAAGGAAGUGCACCUCACCAAGCUGCUCUCCACCAAGGUGGCCGUGCAUUCAUUUGUGGAGAACCUGUUCAAGACCAUCUGGGGGACGCAGCACAGCAAAGCUCUGCAUGCUGUCAAAUACUUCUUUGACUUCCUGGACACUCAGGCAGACUACAUGAAGAUCACCGACCCAGAUGUCCUGCACAUCUGGAAGACCAACAGUUUGCCUCUGCGCUUCUGGGUCAACAUCCUGAAAAACCCACAGUUUGUUUUUGACAUGGAGAAGACUCCACAUCUGGACGGCUGCUUGUCCGUCAUCGCUCAGGCCUUCAUGGACUCCUUCUCCCUCAGUGAGACCCAGCUGGGGAAGCACGCGCCGACCAACAAGCUCCUGUAUGCCAAAGAUAUUCCCAAGUUCAAACUGGAAGUGAAGGCGUACUAUAAGCAGAUCAGAGAGCAGUCACCAAUCACAGACUCAGAAUUCAAGGACUUGUUGCAGCAGGAGUCGAAGAAACAUGAAAAUGAAUUCAAUGAAGCCGCAGCCCUCCGAGAGCUCUACAGAUUCAUCCAGCGAUACUUCACUGAGAUAAAAGAGAAACUUGACCAGAACGGAGCCCCCACUGAGCUGACGGAGCAACUACAUCAUGUUAAAAACUUGUUUGAUGAACUGAAGAGCUGCGCCUGGAACUGAGCUGCCUAACUUUCACUCAUAUGAAUGAACUCAAUGGAGCUCUGAAGCUGUGAGGAGACAAGAGACUUUGGCGUCCAUCAUCCUCUGAGGUACUGAGUUCACAAACUGUUUCAGAGGAGCAGAGAGGAGCUGUGUGUGUUUUCUGUCCCAUCAUGACAAAGGUCUUUUGGAAACUCAUAAUCCUCGAAGUUUUUAGCAUUAAAAUAGCACAAAUCUGUGCUAUAUAAAACUUGUAUAAAAGGACAUUUCUACUGAAUGCAGUUUAGUGUCUGUAUGUGACACAUCUGCUGUCUGAUGGACGAUUAGUCCUCACAGUGUACAACCAAGGCAAAACCACAGAUAUGUCACCAACAAGUUUAUCUGUAAAUCAUUAUUCAUUUAAUACAAUUCAAGUAAAACAUGUUGGACAUCAACAGUCUGUGUAAACACUGUGCAAACAGCCUGUAGUGUCCUGAACCUUUGUAUCGACUCCCCCACACACAAAAACUUCAAAGAGGUUGAAGAGCAAACAAAAAGCAUAGCAAUACAAAAUUAAAUCCUGAGGAUGUCAUGGUCAAUUUAAAAAAAAAAAAAAAAAAAUAAAGGUGCUGCAGCAGUCCCCACCAUCACAACACGAGUGUGACAUGUCAACGCUGACAAAAUGUAUCACUCCAUUUUUGUAAAUACACCAAUAAAUGUUUCUAUUCUGUAAAAACA